AUGUCACUGCCGAUGCUACGCCGUUGUUGCGGGUGUAUCUCGUUAGAAAUAGGAUGCCUUCUACUUGCUAUUAUUUCCAGUGUGAGCUGUAUAUUGUAUUUAAUAGCGGGAUGCUGGAACCUCCCACAGCAUACGGAAAGAGAAAAAGAAGAUAACCUUAUAUCCAUGACAAUGAUCAUGUUUUCAACGCUUUCCCUCAUCAGUAACGUGUUUGUUCUAAUCGGUAUUGCAAGGAGGCGACCGAACUAUCUACAACACUCUCUAAUGUGCAACUCCAUGUUCAUACUCUGUAUCUUCCUUGUGGUGACAGUAACCUGUAUCUAUAGUCCAGAGUUCAAGCCCUAUAAACAAUCCCCAGUGAAUAUUGUCCUUAUUGUAAUUGCCUGGAUAUGUGGAGCUGCUUACUCUAUGUACUAUUUGGUUAUAGUGAACAGUCUGUAUUUAAAAAUGAAGUUUUCAUACAGUGAAACUGGCUUGCCAAUGUGA